CAAAAACUCUUUCUUCUCUACUCUCUCUCUCUAGAUUCUCGCGUUUCCUCUGCAGAGAUUCUUAAAGAAUGGCGUCGACGACUUGCGCGAGGGAGGUGCAUUACAGAGGAGUAAGAAAGAGACCAUGGGGUCGUUACGCGGCGGAGAUUAGAGAUCCAUGGAAGAAAACUAGGGUUUGGUUAGGCACUUUCGACACUCCCGAAGAAGCCGCUCUCGCUUACGACGGCGCCGCCCGUUUCCUCCGUGGAAUCAAAGCCAAGACUAACUUCCCUUCUCCUCUCUCCCUCGAUCUCAACCACAUCCCUUCCGCUCCCUCCUCCGCCACCGCCUCCGCCGCUCCAGAUAACCAAAACCACCACCUUCAACACCAACACCAACACAUCUGGUUCCCUGCCCCUCCUCCUCCGAUUCCCGACCAACACCAACACCACCGAAUCUUUCUCCGAACCGGAGUGCUCAACGACAAAACUUCCGAUUUUCCUUCUGCAGAAGCGCCGCUUUACUAUACUGCCUUGCCUGCCGCUGCUGCCACGUCAUCGCCUCGAGUGGUUGAGUUUCCGAUGAUGAGUUCUUCUCCUUCCUCUGCUACGGUGCGACGUGGUUUAGCCAUUGACCUCAACGAGCCGCCUCCGCUUUGGCUGUGAAGCAAACGACCAAGAAGAUGGCUGAUGUAACGGCGGCAUUUGUGCUGACUUUCCUACACGGCGCCGUUUUGAACACUUUCGGCGGAACUAUUGUUUAACUUUUAGUUUCUUUUUUAGCAAAUAUCUUUUAUUUUAGAGUAGUAUGAGUAGUUUAAUCUUUUCAAUUUGUCCCCUUUUUUGUUUUGUUAUGUAAGAGACGGAUAUCGAUUGUU